GUGUGGUUGUCUUAGGUUUUGAAACUCUAAAACCCAAAUUCGUCUGUAAUUUCUGACAAAUUUGGGGGUUUAUAUAUGUUGACUGACCAAUCAAGCAACAUGCACAAAAUAUGCCCUAUCCAUCUGUAAUUCGUUGGAAAUUUGUCCGGCAUAUUCUAUUCUCGACAAUUGGUCAAUCUUCUAAUUAAUUUACUUUAUUAAAUAGUACGAUGGGACUAUGGACGAAUUUCUGCUGACAUGUACGUUUUGUCAAGAAUUCAUCGGGGAAUGAAAUUUACCCUAGAAAAUGAACCAUCUAAAAAUAUGUGAACCACCAAAUAAUAAGUUUUACCGAAUCGGGUAUGUUGGUAUUUUUUAUUACAUAAACCGAGUUUCUCUCUCUCUCUCUCUCUCUCUCUCUCUUUGCAAUUUCAAAGAACAGUCAGAUUUCAUCCCAAUUUCCAUAAAAAAACCAUCCUUCCACCACUGAUCCCGAGAUUGUGGAGCAGUUGAGGAACAAAGACUAGCGAAUAGUAGCUUUGGAGACCCAAAAGGAAAACUAGGCUCAAAUGAUGGAAAACUAGGUUCAAAUGGUGCAUAUACAGAGAAUGAACCAGAAGAUGAUAGACAACAUAAAGCAAUUGCAAAUAACAGUCAACUUUCAUCCCAAUUUCCAUAAAAACCGUCCUUCCACCACUGAUCCCGAGAUUGUGGAGCAGUUGAGGAACAAAGACGAGCGGAUAGUAGCUUUGGAGACCCAAAAGGAAAACUAGGUUCAAAUGGCGGAAAACGAGGUUCAAAUGGUGCAUAUAUAGACAACAUAAAUCAACUGUUUCUCCAUGUGUUUUAGUUCUUUUUAUAGAUUUUAAACCUUUUAAUGUUGAUUUUGUUUUCUAAAACUUUUUUAUAUAUUUACAUUUUAGUUAUGCUUUUCAAUCCAAAUUUAAAUUUUUAAAAAUUAAUUAAUUAAAAAAAUUAAUUUUAAAAAUAUAACUUUGAAGAUGAAAAACAUUCCAAUAUUUUCGACAAAUUUUCAUCAGUAAUAUUUCCGACGAACUAAUUUCCCCGAAAAUAUUUCUGACAAACCUAAUUUGUUGGAAAUAUUGGCAACCAGCUUUUCUUCGUAUGAAAUAUUACAGACGAAUCUAAUUCGCUAGAAAUACAUUAACAACACACCAAAUUCGUCAAAAAUAAAUUACCGACGAACAAAAUUCAUCGGAAAUAUCAGCUGAAAAAUUUCUGAUGCUUGUUUUUGAGGCUUAUUUCAACGGUUUUUUGUCAAAGAUGUGUCUGUCGGAAUCUAUCAGGAACUGUCAGAAAUCUCAAGGAAUUCCAGACAGAUAUUUUUCCGAUGAUAAAGAUCUGACAAAGCAGUUUUCAUCGAGAAUUCGUUAGGGUGGAAACCAGUUUUCAACUUUUUUCUUGUAUGAUAAUAUCCAAUGAAAAGAAAAACUUAAAGUUUAGGGUGGAAAGAGAGAGGCAUUCGGGUAAAGCACGCACAUAUACCACAUUAAAAAUUUAUAUCCCACAUUAAAUUGAGAGGUUUCCGGCUUAUCUAUCUAAUACCAAACGAAAUUUUGAACCCAACUCUCCCAAUUUCAUCUUCACCAAACAAACAAUAUUCUAUGACCAAAAUAAAAUUUAGAGAACCAAAAAAAUAUGUUCACAUUUAGACACCCAAAUACAUACUUAACCUUUGUUUUCACUAUUAUCAUUAUUCAACCUGACAAUAUGUACUAGGCUUGGGAAAAUUAUAAAUUAUCUGAAAUUUACAGAAUGUUGGGGUCAAAAUCGGUUACGACGAAAACAAUGUCGGAAAGUUUCCUAGAAACCUUUCUUCUCUAAAAAAAGAAAUAAAAAUGUGGGAAACUAAAACUUCAUAAAAAAAUAUUAUACGACAAGUUCCUCGAAAAAGAUUAUUUAAUCUCUCGAGCAGACGAUUCUCGAGCGACGAAACAACUGAACCGGCUUCGUCCAACCCGCCAUCAGACAAAUUGGAUGGACCUCACCCAACUCGCCCGAUGGCAAGCGACCUCUUCCAACUCGCCAACGGGCGAGCGACCUCGUCCAACUCGCCAACGGGCGAGUUGGAUGAACCUCAUCCACCUAAUUUGUCACCAUUUUGGAAUUCAAGCAGUGAUCUCUAUCUGUUCAUUCCUUCGUCUUCAUCGCCUCUGUUGGUCGCGAGUUGAAGAUUAGAACUGGUCAGACUCUAUCCUCGUCGUAUCCUUCUCCUCAUACUUCCUCUUCUCCGGCGAUGUUGACGAGCGAAACCGCUUUGCUCGAACUAGUUGGUCCUCUUCGGACUUCAGAAACUGUGGUCCUUUCUCCGACUUUCGAAUCUGUUACAGCACAGAUAGCUCCACCUCAGACCUUUUUCUCAACCACCCACGAUGGCAGUAGGGUGGUUCCUGCUUCUAUUGAGGGUAACAACCAAUCCCUGGUUUCUGGACCAAGUCAGUUACAGCAAUUUCCAAUCCCUGAGGUUAAAUCACCAACAAAUCCAUCUGAUGAUCUUGCUCAAGCUCCAGAAAAAUUUGUCCCAUCUUUGGGAACAUGGGCAAAACCGCUUUUCUUCAAAUCUCCGGUCACACCUUCCAAACCUAGUACUCCUCGAGACUAUGAUCCAACGAUUGUCGGGAAUCAAUUAGCUGCUCUCUGGCCGACUUUAAAUGACGAGAUCUUAAACAAGCAACCAAAGGGUAAGUAUCCAUCCCGUACUAUCCAGCCUCCUAUUGAAAAGCUUCCACCACCGGAAAUAAAAGUUGAUGGGAGCCUCCAUUUUCCAUGGACUGCGAGAUCUAGCGCUCAAUCGCGCAAUCUGUACCGGGCAGACACACCAACUUACCUUCUUGAUUGCACACCUGAGGUAUCUAUUCCUUUUAGGCUAGGUACCGAGAAUAAGGACAAGUACAUCAUUGGAAAGUUCCAUAAAUGUUCUCUACCGCCAGGUGGUUUAGUACAUGCUGUGGUAAAUAAAAUUUGCCGAAGAAGUUGUAAGAUCAAUUGUAAGAAGUUUGGUGAUUCAUCUUUAAUGUUCCAUAUCCCGCACCAACCUACUCGCUCAUUCAGCGAGGAGUAUGUCACAUUAAUGAUUGCUUACUUUUUGUAUUGCCAUGGACUCCAGAAGCUUCCUUCAAAGUCUCUGAAAUCUCCACGCUUCCAAUCUGGGCCACUUUGAAGAACAUCCUAGAUUGUUGCUACUCGAGAUUAGGAAUAAGGCAUGUUUCAUCAGGACUUGGAGAACCCAUUCUUACGCAUAAACCUCGACUUGAUCCUACCAGUUUGGGCGAAGCAAAGGUUUUAGUCGAGAUGGAGUUGGAUAGAAACUUUUCGAAGAUUAUUUCUCUGGAUGAUAAACACACUACAAGAAAACAGCAAGGAUUCUGAGGGAAAAAAAUCAUCGGAAUUUCGUCGAAAUAUCGUUAUUCCGACGACAUACCGACGAAA